CAGUUCAGAUUGUCAGUGUAAAUUUAAAAAAUGGCAGGGAAGACGUGGCAUCUGUUUACUGUGUUAUUACUAAUAUUUACAAUUUUAUCACACGCUGGUGAGUCGUCUUCGACCCCAGCAGCACCAUGGUACGAAAACUUGCCUGCAGUUACUAUGGACUAUAAAGUACAUAUAGAUGCUGGCAAAGAAGAUUGUUACUUUCAGUAUGUUCAACCCGGCGCAACUUUUUACGCCAGCUAUCAAGUGCUGAAAGGAGGUGAUGGUAUGUGUGGUUUCGCGGUACGCCACCCUAAAGGGAAUAUAGUUCAUCCGUAUGAAUGGCGACAAAGUGCUGAGUAUGCGGACCAAUCAAGCACCGGGGGCUAUUAUGCCGUGUGUAUAGACAACCAGUUCUCGAGGUUUGCAGGGAAACUAGUCAAUUUAUAUCUGUCAGUUAUAAGAUAUGAUAAGUGGGAACAGUAUGCUAAGGAAGUUGAGGAGCUUGACAUGAAUAUCAAAAAUUUCACAAACUCAAUUCAGUUUGUGGAACGCAAUGUGAACGACAUCUUGCAGUAUCAAUACCACUCUAGAGCCAGAGAGACCAGAGAUUAUAAUUUGCUGGUCGAUAAUAAUGCCUACGUGUCCAGAUGGUCCGUAAUUCAAAUCCUAGCGAUAGCGGCUACGGGGACGCUGCAAGUAUAUUUUGUGAGGAAACUGUUUGAGGUUAAGGACAACUCGUCCAAGACAAGAAUAUAAUACUUUGACCUCAUGUGAUGAACUCUUGACUGACUUCAUUCCAUUCUAACCUUCAUAACCCUGAUCUCUUUUUUAUAUCGUCUUUUCAUCUAAAAGCCUUAUAUAAGUACAAUGAUUUUGUUACCUUCUAAAUGCUUAUUUUAAGCCUUGUUUUUUUUUUAUUCUAAUUUUUAAUUGGAUUUUAUUUUUGGUUGAACCUAUAUAUAGCUAUAUAUUUUAUAAUAAUGUAUCGUGUUAUAAAAUUACAUAAACGAGAUUAAAAUAUAUUUUGUAUGCAAUUUUAAUGUUGAGCGUGUUUGUAGCGUGUAAGGAUAUAACAUGUUCAAUAGUUUGUAGGAGAACAAAUCGCCUUAGUAAUAAAGAUCUUAAUCGA